AUGCACGCUCGCUCUUCAUUGCUGUUACCAUUGGCAUGGUCAGCCGCAUUCCUAUCAGGAGUCAACGCAGACUGUGAAUCAUACGGCAUCGACUUCGUAAACAAUGGAAACUACUUCAUCAACUCGGCUUCCAACUCUUCAUUUACAUCCGUCACACAGUUCACGGGAUGCGCCGACGAUGUCGCAGCUAUCGAGUUGGUAAACUGGGACAACGGAGAUGAAUACGAAUGCUCGAGCAUCCCUCUACUACCCGACGGAACACCCGAAACAUCUACCUGCGACAUCGAAAAGGAUCAAAUGGUCUCGGGCACUUGGGGAUUGAUCCUGGUCUCAAACAACGGCGAUGAUCCAGACUCGCCUCCUUUUGCGAACCAGAGAACUUUCUCAUUGGAUGUUGGCGUGCAAGCGACGUCUACAGUAAGUUUCACGUUGCGAGCGUUGAGGUUGCACCGAGAAUUAAUCACAAUGCAGGUUACACCAACCAUGACUUUCAACAUGACGACCACGCCGACCAUCACAUCUCAGACUACGUCAUGGGCCACACGUUGGGUCACAAUCACACCCGACCCAGUCGUCAGCACAAAAACCAUCAACCUAACCCGCACGCUCAAAACCUGGACUCGCACAGCAAUCGUCUACACACGCACCGCAACAGCCAGCUGCACGGUUCCUCCCCGACCUCAGCAGCCUGAUCCGCCAUGCCGCAGAUGGCCCCGCUUGGUUCAAGUCCCCGCCGGCGUCCACAUUGCCAGAGACGCACCUGAGGACUACGCAAGCAUCAAGAGAAGAUUGGCAGAUAUCCGUGCUAGGAGAGCUGCAGAUAUCGAUGCGAGGGAUUUGGUAAAGAGAUCUGCUGAUGCGCCCACGAUUACUGUAACCGGAACUGUUACUGCGAACCAGACUAACACCUUCACUGCUGCCGCGACAACCGUCGUCAACAUUGUCCUCAGCAGCUCCACCAUUACCAAGACUCUUCCACCAGCUACCAUCAAGACCGGCUACGCAUCAGCAUACCUCACACUCCCUCCUGUGACCAAGACUUCGUUCACAGUCAACACUGCAUACACGACGCAAACAAAGACCAUGACGGCCACAUUUGUCAAGGUCACUACUGUCACCCCGACUGGCGUCAUGACUGCUUGCAAGCAACGAGGUGGUCACUUUGGAAAUGGUUGGUAA